GUGCCAGACCGGAGCAGGAGAACCAUCGCGGUCCGUUAGCGUGGAUACAACCUGUGCGGGAGUGCACAUUUGCUCGCGUUUGGAGUUUAUCAUUAUUACAUCACAGCUCAUUAUUAUCAACGUUUCCUUCCUUUGAGGGCAGAUCGAUAUCGUCUUUUAUUACCAACUUGGAUUGCUUUCAUGUUCUCCUGCUGUCUGCUUUGAGUUUUCAACUGAGUCUCCUUUCAGGACAUAUAUUCCCCGGUGCGUCAAAGCUGCGCCUUUUGGAGUUUCCUAUCGGCUUUUUCUCAGUGCAGGGAAUUUGUCUCCGAUCGCUAUUUUACCAUCAUGUGUGACUCUCCCUGGUGAGAACGUUACGGGACGCCCGCUCUUUUGAUUCGGCGCCGGAUGGAUGGAUGUGUCCGUUCCAGGGCGCACUGGAAUAAUACAGUGAACUGACAAGAGGAUCUGCGUUCUGCUCUGGAGUUCUGUUUUUCUCUCUCUCAUCGUCUCUGGGAUUGUUAGUGGGAACAUUUCUUCCUUCGGCUUUGAUCACCUGCUAUGUGUCUGGUGUGGAAAAUACCUGGUGGAAGGUGCACAGCGGGAUUCAGUCCGAGAGAAGAGGACAUCUGCAACUGAUAAAGCUCCGUUUCUGAUCGAUUUUUGAUUCUAAUCCGUGCGUAAUGUCCGUGGAAUGAAGACAGAGGAUGGAUAUAAUUUGGGAAAUAUUGAUUAUUCUUCAAGCCAAUUUUAUUGUCUGCAUAUCAGCGCAACCGAAUCCGCCGAAAAUUCACGAAGGAUGGUGGGCGUACAAGGAGGUGGUGCAGGGGAGCUUUGUUCCAGUGCCGUCGUUCUGGGGGCUGGUAAACUCUGCCUGGAACCUGUGCUCAGUGGGGAAGAGGCAGUCACCAGUCAACAUCGAGACCAGCCACAUGAUCUUUGACCCCUUCCUCACGCCCAUCAAGCUCAACACAGGCGGACGCAAGGUGGGAGGGACUAUGUACAACACAGGCCGCCACGUCUCUCUGCGACUGGACAAGGAGCAUCUGGUGAACAUCUCUGGAGGGCCAAUGACGUACAGCCAUCGCCUGGAGGAGAUCCGGCUACACUUCGGCAGCGAGGACGGCCAGGGCUCCGAACACCUGCUGAACGGACAGGCCUUCUCUGGAGAGGUUCAGCUGAUCCACUACAAUCAUGAGCUCUACACAAAUUACACAGAAGCUGCUAAGAGCCCCAAUGGAUUGGUCAUAGUGUCCAUAUUCAUGAAGAUUGCUGAGACGUCGAACUCCUUCCUGAAUCGAAUGCUGAACAGAGACACCAUCACGAGAAUAACAUAUAAAAACGAUGCGUAUCUACUGACUGGCCUGAACAUAGAGGAGAUUUACCCGGAGACAAAUAGUUUUAUCACAUAUGAUGGAUCAAUGACCAUCCCUCCAUGCUUCGAGACCGCCACAUGGAUCCUGAUGAACAAGCCGGUGUACCUCACUCGCAUGCAGAUGCACUCCUUGCGGCUGCUGAGCCAGAACCAGCCGUCUCAGAUCUUCCUGAGCAUGAGCGACAACGUCCGCCCGGUCCAGCCGCUCAACAACCGCUGCAUCCGCACCAACAUCAACUUCAGCAUGCAGGGCAAAGACUGCCCCAACAACAGGGCUCAGAAGCUCCAGUACCGAGUGAACGAGUGGUUGCUAAAGUAGCCUCCCUUGGAUGAGCAUGGAGACGAGUGUCAGAGAAGGAGAGCGGGACGAGGAGAGGGUGAGGAUGUGAUAGUGGGAUUUAAGGCUGCAUCUCAUCUAAGAUUAUUUCAUGGCAUUGUAUAAAGACAAACACUGGACAUUAUCCAAAUUAAGGAACUUUGUAUUGCGAGCAAAGAGACUCUACUUUUCAUACAUUGAGAACAGUUUGAGCCCUUGAUCUAACACAUGGUAACAAGCCCUUUCCCCCACUGUACGACUAUAUCUAUACGGACAUUUUGAUACCAAUACUUUUUUGGGAGAAAACCAAAAAAAGACACUUGGAAACAAACAAAAAAAAUAUUGUGGAAGCAUUUAUUUGAUAGCCUCCCAACCACUAGGACAACGUUGGGACUUUAAAGCCUUUGUACAUAAAAAAUGUUGCUAUCAAUGGGAAAAUCCAAGGACUAAGUCACUGCCCCCAUCCCGCCGGUCAAGACGAAGUGGUCAUCACGGUCCCACACGGACGUUUCAUUACAGUCACCAACAAGGCAUGCAAUCAGCAACCGAGAGGGAACACAGCCUUACCUUGUCAUUUUUCCAAAACUAGAGUCAUGUCAUGGGAGACGAGCAAAUAUUUACAGGCUUUCUUAUGGCCUCAGAACAACCAGUGUCUUGGCCUCGUUUGUACAUAUUAUAAUUAUCAAUACUGCAGAAAAAUGAAUAUGUAAAGAAAAGUAAUGAAUUCAAAAGAUAUAUUAAGAGGAUUUAAAAAAAAAAAAAAAAGACAAAAAGUUGAGAAUUUUAAAAAGCUUGGCGCACUUUGAAUUCUGGAGCAGUUCUCAGUCUGAGCUGAUGCCUUUUUUCUGUUUUAUUGUUUACAAUGGUCAUACACUGUGUUUGAGUAAUGUUAUC